AUGAGUAACGCGGCAGUGAAACGUGGUGAACGGGAGCAGGCGAUCAAGUUGGCGAUUAUUGCCAUUAAGUUUGGCAAGUCGUUACGGGCAGCUGCUGGAGAGUAUGGUAUACCCCGUACCACCUUGCUUCGCCACAAGCGGUUAAACGCUGGCCUGAUGGUGCAAGCGGACCCGCUACAUCCUACGAUAUCGAUGGAGGAUGUGCAAAUUUGUAAGCGCGGAAGACCACCGUUGUUCCCCGAGGAACCAGAACGGGCAUUCGAAAAGUAUUGCUUGCUAUGCUCGGACAAGUUCUUCGGUCUAACAUCCAGAGACAUUCGUGUGCUUGCACCACAAUUCGCGAACCAGCUGGGGAUUCCGGUUCCCGACAAUUGGAUCGCGAACGCAAAGGCAGGCCCUGUUUGGCUUCGGAACUUUCUGCGCCGAAGGCCGAACCUGUCGAUGCGUUCACCCGAGGCGACCAGCAUAGCCAGAGUCUCUGCUUUUAAUCCCACAAAUGUGGGCAAGUUUUUCGAUCUUCUACGCACAGUAGCCGAGAAUAUAACGUUCGAACCAAAUUCCAUCUGGAAUCUGGACGAGACUGGAGUGACAACAGUUCAGAAACCUCAACGAGUUGCUAGUCGCCGUGGAGUCAAACGUGUUGGUCGAGUAACUUCGGCCGAUCGGGGCCCGUUGGUUACGAUGGUACUUGCGGUUUCCGCCACUGGCAAUAAAAUGCCACCAUUUUUCGUUUUUCCUCGAAAACGUUUCCAUCCACACUUUCUGGAUGGUGGUCCAACGGGAUGCGCUGGAGCGGUGAGCAAUACAGGGUGGAUGAAUGCAGAUAUUUAUCUGGUUGUUCUCCGACACUUUAAAGCAUUUACGCGAGUGUCCAAAGAAAACCCGCUUUUGUUGAUUGUGGACAACCACGGUUCACACAGAAGUCUACCUGCAAUCGAGUUUUGCAGGGAUAAUGGCAUUCACCUACUUACAAUACCACCCCAUUGCUCUCACCGCUUACAACCCUUGGACGUGAGUGUGUUUUCGCCGUUCAAGCACGCAAUGAAUGUGCUGUGCGACGAAUGGACAUACAGGCAUCCCGGAAAGCCGAUGUCUAUUUUUGACCUUCCGGCUAUCAUCGACAGCGCACUCGAACGGAGUGCCACGGAGCGAAACAUCAAGGCCGGGUUCCGGGCAUCAGGUAUUUGGCCCUUCAACCCGGAUGUAUUCACUGCAUUGGAUUAUGCUCCAUCAUCAGUGACAGGACCUUCCUUGGUUGACGAAAUAUAA